AUGCUGCAGAUUUUCUAUUGCGGCUGCUCCUGUGGGCUCGCCUGCAUCGCCCAGGUGCCGUCACGCGUACAUGCGGCGUACGUUUUCCCCGGAAGUGUGGGGUGCUCGGCGUCCGCAGGGUGGCGUUUUUUUUUUUUUGAGGACCUGCAAGAUGAGGAGAUGGUGCUGUCCACCAGCUGUUUUUUGGAAGAACUCCAGCAAUCACUUCUCCGCUCGAAUGCACCGUUAUGUGUGGUUUGUGGGAAGGUGCACGUUUAUGAAAGCCCUUCCACCUCGUCCCGCCCCAGCCAGCCCGUUCUGCUCCGCUCUGUUCCCCGUGAGAGGCGGGGGGUGAGGAAGCGCCUUCAGCGCUUCCACUCCCCUUUAGUAGUUAAUGCUCAUGUCUGA